ACAUCUCAUUGUCUCGAGGAGAAGUGAAGAUAUUUCUGAACAAUUUCGAAAAUCACAGAUAUAGCAAGCAGUCAUUAAACGCAUCAGGAUACCAGUAACUUUCAGAUAGAGUCUGUCAUUCUUCUGGAGUUGAAACUGUAAGGAGGCCGGACACAAAAUGUCUGACACCGACACGUGUGUGGAUGUGAUGCACUUCCUGGAAGAGCUGGACGACAUCGAUCUGCUUUCCACUCUCCAAAAUGUGUUUCACGAUGUGAUGGGCCCGCUCAACCCGUCAACUCUGCCUCCGCCUCCUGUUGUCGUUCCUGACCUCAACAUCCGCCCUCAGAUUGAUCAAAAUCUGAGUGGAUAUGGAUAUGGUGGGUGCACCCCCCUGGGAGCAGCUCCGCACAGCGUUGAGCCUCCAAGUACCCUGUACAGUACGGCAGGUGCUUACAAUCAGGGACAACAAUGCUAUGUCCACCCUCAGAUGAAUCAAAAUCUGAGAGGAGGAUAUGGUGGGUGCACCCCCCUGGGAGCAGCUCCGCACAGCGUUGAGCCUCCAAGUACCCUGUACAGUACGGCAGGUGCUUACAAUCAGGGACAACAAUGCUAUGUCCACCCUCAGAUGAAUCAAAAUCUGAGAGGAGGAUAUGGUGGGUGCACCGCCCUGGGAGCAGCUCCAAUGAGCAUUGGACAUGCUGCUCCCAUCCCGUACCAAGGACCUCAGUAUGCCAUGCAGCCAGGUCCUCCGUACAGGCAGGCAGGCGCUUAUAGCCAGGGACAGAACCUGCCAUACAGGCCAUACGUCCCGAGUGCAGCAGCCACCCCCUACGCUGCUCCUCCGCUGAACCAGCGCAUGCGUCCUCUUGGAGUGCUGAAUGGAGAGGUGAUUUACGGGUUUCCAGUCAAUUUUCCCGCCACUUCUACCUCUGCUGCUCCACCUCGGCCUCCACCACCGAGCACCUUCACAUCAAAUAAGAGAAAGCGUGAAGACGGGCAUGAUGGUCGGUCAUACGUGAAAAAGCCGCCAAAUGCCUUCAUGCUUUACAUGAAGGAGCAGAGGCCAAUUUAUGCGGCCGUAAUGAAACUCACUGGGACUGCAGGGGUUAACAAGAUCCUUGGAGAUAAAUGGAAGUCGCUGUCCAGUGAGGAGCAGGCGAAAUACUUCCAAGUGGCAGACCGAGAAAGACGGCUCCACGCCCUGCAGCACCCGGACUGGUCAUCCAGUAACAAUUACGGCCAAAAGAGGAAGAGGGAAAGGAGCAAGGCCUCCAAAAUGACUGAAGCAUCUGCAUCAACAUCUGGAGAGGUCACACAGGAAGUGAAGAGGAUGUGUGUGACCCCAGGAUACACAGGUGUGAGAGAGACUCAUCACGCACAGUCAAACGUGAUGCAGCCCUCCACCUCGAUGAAAGACGUGACAGUGACUCAUGACGCACAGUCAAACAUGAUAAAGCCCUCUACCUUAACGACAGGUGUGAGAGAGACUCAUCACGCACAGUCAAACGUGAUGCAGCCCUCCACCUCGAUGAAAGACGUGACAGUGACUCAUGACGCACAAUCAAACAUGAUAAAGCCCUCUACCUUAACGACAGAUGUGAGAGAGACUCAUCACGCACAGUCAAACGUGAUGCAGCCCUCCACCUCAAAGACAAUGUGA